GGGGGAGGAGGGGCCGCGGGACGGUGCCUGGCUGGCUUUGGGCGCCGCUGCAGCCUCAGUUGACCAAGGGGCGCCCGCACCGUCGCCAGCCGCGCCGACGCAACCCCGGCCGUGCGCCCCGUGGCCAGGGAGGCCGCCAGCCGGGCUGGGCGGACUUGCGCCAUGGAGGAAGCGCGGCGGAGGCGUUAAGAGCGCCGCUGGGAUCGCGCCUGCCGGGGAGCGAAGGCGAGCGGGCCAGGCGAGAGCCGGAGCUGGGAAGAGAUGAGCGGCGGUGGUGGCGGUGGUAGCGGGGCUCCUUCGGGGCCGGGCUCCGGCUCAGCGCCCUGCCGCUUCGCCCACUACUUUGUGCUGUGCGGGAUCGACGCCGACAGCGGCUUGGAGCCGGAUGAAUUAGCAGUCUUAUACCAGUGGCUAGAAGCCGACCGCCAUGGCAGGAAUUCAGAUACUGCAAAAAGAACAUCAGGAGAAAAUUUUGACCAGAGUCCCUUGAGAAGAACUUUCAAGUCAAAAGUUUUGGCUCACUAUCCCCAAAAUAUAGAAUGGAACCCCUUUGAUCAAGAUGCUGUCAAUAUGCUAUGCAUGCCCAAAGGGCUAUCCUUCAGGACUCAGUCUGAUCAGAGAGAUCCCCAGUUCCAUUCAUUCAUUAUUACUCGGGAAGAUGGAUCCCGCACCUAUGGAUUUGUACUCACAUUUUUUGAGGAGGUCACGAGCAAGCAGAUCUGUGCAGCCAUGCAAACGCUUUAUCAGAUGCACAACGCAGAGCAAUGCAACAGCGUCUGUGCCUCAUCGUCAUGCAGCAUGGACUCGCUGGCCAGUAGUCUGGAUGAAGGAGAUUCCACAUCCCUGGCCAAAAUGCAGCGCUGCAACUCAUACGACAUCAACAGGGACACGCUCUACGUUUCCAAGUGUAUAUGUGUCAUUGCUCCCUUGCCUUUCAUGCAAGCCUGCAAGAAGUUCCUCAUCCAACUUUACAAAGCGGUCACUUCUCAACAACCCCCACCUUUGCCUCUGGAAAGCUACAUACAUAACAUUCUUUACGAAGUACCCCUUCCGCCCCCAGGAAGGUCACUCAAAUUCUAUGGGGUUUAUGAGCCUAUAGUCUGCCAGAGACCAGGGCCAAACGAGCUCCCCUUGUCUGAUUAUGCUCUCCGGGAAGCUUUUGAGCUGCUGGGCUUGGAGAACCUCAUUCAAGUGUUUACAUGUGUCCUGCUAGAAAUGCAGAUUCUUCUUUAUUCUCAAGACUAUCAGCGUCUGAUGACAGUUGCAGAAGGGAUUACCACCCUUCUAUUCCCAUUCCAGUGGCAACAUGUGUAUGUCCCCAUCCUUCCAGCCUCACUCUUACAUUUCCUGGAUGCUCCUGUACCUUACUUGAUGGGCCUCCAAUCCAAAGAGGGAACAGAUCGUUCUAAGCUGGAACUUCCUCAAGAGGCCAACCUCUGUUUUGUGGAUAUUGACAAUCACUUCAUUGAGUUACCAGAAGAGCUUCCUCAAUUUCCCAAUAAGCUGGAUUUCAUCCAGGAAAUUUCAGAAAUUCUCCUUCAGUCUGGGAUUCCUCUUGAGGGUCGUCAUCAUUGUAGUGAGAGUGCAGCCAAGUUAAAGAAUCUUGUCCUUUAUGACUUGGCCAACGACAAAAAGAACGGGAAUGUGCCCAGCAACGCCAUCAACAUGUAUGAGUUUCUCAAAGGCAAUGAGACAAUCGCCCGCCUCCAUGCUUUGGCAAAGAGGACAGGAGUGGCAGUAGACAAAAUGGCUAUCACUGCUUCUUUGACAGAAAAAGGAACAGAUGUUAAACUCCACUGUGACGAACAGGAAAUGAAGGACUACAAGCUGAAUGUCCAGCUCCGGGAGGUUUUUGCCAACCGCUUCACCCAGAUGUUUUCCGAUUAUGAGGCUUUUGUCAUUCAAGCGGCACAGGACAGGGAAUCCUGGCUGACCAACAGGGAACAGAUGCAAAAUUUUGACAAAGCUUCAUUUCUCUCAGAUCAACCGGAGCCUUAUCUUCCUUUCCUCUCCCACUUCAUUGAAACUCAAAUGUUUGCAACGUUCAUUGACAAUAAAAUUAUGUCCCAAUGGGAAGAAAAAGAUCCAUUUCUACGAGUGUUUGACUCUAGAAUUGAAAAAAUGAGGCUCUAUAAUGUCAGGAUUCCCUCAUUAAGAACAUCAACAUACCAGAAAUGCACCACAUUAAAAGAAGCAGCUCAAGCAAUUGAACAACGGCUGAUAAAGAUGGAUCACACUGCAAUUCAUCCACAUUUGCUUGAUAUGAAGAUAGGUCAAGGCAAAUACGAGCAAGGUUUCUUCCCCAAACUUCAAUCAGAUGUGUUGGCAGUUGGGCCUAUCAACAACAACCGGUGGGUGAGUCGCAGUGCUACUGCCCAGCGAAGGAAAGAUCGUAUUCGACAACAUUCAGAACACAUUGGCCUGGACAAUGAGUUAAGGGAGCCAUCAGAGGAGUUUUUGAUUCGCCAGAACUCGAUGGCAUUCUGGGAGUGGGAUCAGGGCCUGCCCCCUCCUUUACGGCCACCUAAAAAAUCAUUCUCUGAAUGUUGCCUGAAAUACAUGCAAGAAGCAAGGACCCUGGGGAAAAAUCUCAGACAGCCCAAACUCUCUGAUCUUUCUCCUGCUGUAAUUGCUCAGACAAAUUGGAAAUUUGUCGAAGGUUUACUCAAAGAAUGUCGAAUGAAGACCAAGCGUAUGUUAGUAGAGAAGAUGGGUCAUGAAGCCGUGGAACUUGGCCAUGGAGAGGCCAACAUCACAGGUCUAGAAGAGAAUACACUAAUUGCUAGUCUUUGUGAUUUGCUGGAAAGAAUUUGGAGCCAUGGAUUACAGGUCAAACAGGGGAAAUCGGCAUUGUGGUCCCAUUUAAUUCAGUACCAGGAAAGAGAAGAGAAGCAGGAGCAGCUUGCAGAAUCUCCAGUUGUUGUUGGACCAGAAAGAAGGAAAUCUGACACAGGUCUUAUGUUACCUAUUCUAAGAGUUUCACUUAUUAGUGAUAUGAGGCACAUUCAGAACAUGAGUGAAAUAAAGACUGAUGUGGGUCGGGCACGGGCAUGGAUAAGACUGUCUCUUGAAAAGAAGCUCUUGUCUCAACACCUGAAGCAGCUCCUCUCUAAUCAAGCUCUGGCAAAGAAAUUGUACAAGCGGUAUGCCUUUUUGCGUUGUGAAGAAGAGCGGGAACAAUUUCUCUAUCAUCUUCUUUCUCUCAAUGCUGUGAAUUACUUCUGCUUUACAAGUGUCUUCACUACCAUCAUGAUUCCAUACAGAACUGUGAUUAUCCCCAUUAAAAAGCUAAGCAAUGUAAUCACUACAUCAAACCCUUGGAUUUGUGUUUCUGGAGAACUGGGUGACACUGGCAUUAUGCAGAUUCCAAAGAACUUGUUAGAAAUGACGUUUGAGUGUCAAAACCUGGGGAAGCUAACAACUGUUCAGAUAGGACAUGAUAAUUCAGGACUGUUAGCCAAGUGGCUGGUGGAUUGUGUCAUGGUCAGGAAUGAAAUCACUGGACACACCUAUAAGUUCCCUUGUGGAAGAUGGUUGGGAAAAGGUGUUGAUGAUGGAAGCUUGGAACGUAUACUGAUUGGAGAGUUACUACGAUCAUCAUCAGAAGAAGAUUUGGGAAAACAGUGCCGGACCCCCCCUCAACAAAAAUCUCCAACUGUGGGCCGAAAAUUGAGCAUGACUUCCCUAACUGGGAAGAAUACAAAACCUAAUGCAGGUCAGAUCCAAGAAGGAAUAGGGGAAGCUGUGAACAAUAUUGUGAAACAUUUCCAUAAGCCUGAAAAAGAGCGGGGAAGCCUUACCGUUCUUCUAUGUGGAGAAAGUGGCCUGGUGAUGGCAUUGGAGCAGGUUUUCCAUCAUGGUUUCAAAUCCGCACGUAUCUUCCAUAAGAAUGUCUUCAUUUGGGACUUUAUAGAAAAAGCUGUUGCCUAUUUCGAGAUGACUGACCAGAUUGAAGACAACGAAGACAAUGUUGUUCUUCAAAAAUCCUCUCGCAAAACCUUUUGCCACUAUGUCGCUGCCAUCAAUACUGCUCCGCGGAACAUAGGGAAGGAUGGCAAAUUCCAAAUUCUUGUUUGCUUUGGAACUCGGGAUCAUUUGCUGGCCCAGUGGAUUCCAUUACUGGCAGAAUGUCCCCUGCUUAGUCGGAUGUAUGAAGAAAAUGCUCUUCUGCGCGAUCGCAUGAUGGUUAACUCUCUCAUCCGAGUCUUACAGACACUGCAGGACUUCAACAUUGUCUUGGAAGGGUCACUCAUAAAGGGGGUGGAUGUGUAACAUCUAGCUCGCAGACAACUUUGUCUCUUCCCCCUCACACUUCUCUCCUUUCCUUGGGGAGAGGGCAGAAAUCUGUGAAAGUGGAAUCGAUGGUGAUCAUAUCCUGCUCUAUGUUUAGAUCUGCUUGUUGGUGAAUGGAAGUGGCUGUGACAAGACUCACACGCGCAUGGUCUUCAUACUGAUCAGGCCCAACACGGCAAAGGAGCUCAGUUGUAGUUAUCAUAGUUUUCAAAUGAGAGGUUUUGUAUAAAAGAGUAUUUUCAUGUGUUGAUUGUGUGUAAAUAGGCUUUCUUCCUUUAGAAAUGCUAAUUGUUUUUCUUAGAAUCAGUGUUCUAGGGCCAGGAGUGGGGAUGUAGCUUAAAACAACUUUGUAGGGGAAGGGAGGAAGCAUUACUUGCGCAAAAGGGGAGGGGGAAACCACUUCAUGUUGUAAAUAUUGUACAAAUGUAGUGGGGGUGGGGGAAGGCUCUGUUGCAAAGGUAGCCUGCUGAACUUCUCGUGAGUCUACAUUGUUUGCCCCUUCCCCGAAUAUAUGUCGAUCUCUUGUUAUACCAUUUACUGUAGAUUCAAACUUUUUGUCUGUGCACUGAAGCAUCUCCAGGUCAUAUAGAUUCUUCAUCUUCCUGAUGAACCACGAACAGGAAGAUGUUUUAGAGAUUUUGCCAUUGGAGAUGACAAAAAUAGAAAAAAAACAGUAUUAAUAAUUGCAUCUGUUAAUUACAUUUUCAGUUUCCUUAUUCUGACCACAGACAUAUUCCUGUUUUUAUUUUGGGGGGCUAACAAUGCUUCUUCCACAUUACUUUCUUGAAAGAGUAGAAAGAAAACUUGGAAGAAAAUGUGAUGCUUUGCCAUCAGCAAUUUAGAUAAGAGUUCCUUCAAAUUAUUUUGAAUAAAGACUGCAAUCAAUCUAAGCUAUGCUUCAUUUCAAAUUCAGUUUGUUGUAUAAGUUUGAACUAGCCUUGCAGAAUUGCAGAACAGGUUUAUUUUACUUGGUUUAUUUAUUUUCUGGGUUUUGCUGUUUUUGCACUGUGGCAGAUUGAUUCUAUUUGGACAAAAACAAACCAAGGAAUAAGCUAGGAAAAACCAUACUAUGCAAGCCUGUUAACAUUCCAAACCACAAUAAAAGAGUAAUAAACUAUACCCAGUGCCCUAAAUUAACUACCAUUUAGCCCCCAACUCCACUUAUAUGUCAUGACCAACCAAAACCAAAUCAUAAUGCAUUUAAGUAAUGUGUGAAUUCAGCCCAUAAAUCUGUGUCUAUUCCCUCUCCUGUAUUUAGAACAGUGGCAUUUUGCACAUUGCUUUACUACAUUGGAGAACUUUCCUAUUUGAUGGUGUGCUCAUAUUCUCCUCACAGAUUCCACACAUGAACAAAAGCCUUGCCGCAAAAAUUGUAGAUAAGACCCCACCCACAUCUGGUUAUUAUGUAGAAACAGCUUUCCACGCAGAAAAUAUUAACUUUUAAAGCCAAUAGUUACAUUACUGUACCUGUGUGAUUUGGGAACUAGUUCUCCAUUGUUCCUUAACAUACCACUCAAAGAAGAUAAGGCACAUACAGUCAUUGGGGAAGCAAUGGUGGCACAGGAAAUGGACUGCAGUGUAAUUUCUCCCAUGUAAUCCUAGCAUCCAUAAGUUACCCUGGGAGGCAUAUACAAGUGCAUACAAUUCAUUGUAAGGGUAUGUGAAACUGGCUUUUGAAGGCCAACAACUUCAAAUCCAUCAGGGGUAGGGGCAAAAGAACCUACACACAGCUACUGCAGGAACAAAGCAAGCAUCCAAUUAUUCCUUACUCUGAACUUUAUCCCAGUGAUCAGAAACUAGAUCCUAAAAUACCACAAGGAACCUCAAGUAGAUCCCUGUGUAAUAUUGAUGCAGAUCUGACAAGAUUCUAUAGUCAUUUGUCCAAUGAGCUAAGAUGCGAUCCUAAUUAAAGCUGAUGAGAGGAGUAUGUGUAGGAGUUACAUCAUUUUCCUUACUCAAUACUAUACUUUUCAAGAUUAAGUUUUUGAAACUUCAGCUCUUGACUUUAACCUUCUCAUAAACACUGAGAACUAUUGUAAUUUGGCACCAAUCCUCACCUUACCCAGACAGGAAAGACUUCAGACUGUAAUUCUAUUUAAUCUCCAUUUCACCUUUUUAUAUUUCUGGAGGUUUUCUUAUUUAAUGCUUCAAAAAUGAAGAUCCAGACUCAGAUGGAGAAAAGGAAUAGAGAGGCUGUCAAAAAUACCGAUAAUAUGUUUUACUUUUUUGCAUGUUACAAAACUGCCCCAAAGCUGGAUCCUAAGGCUUGUUUUCAAUAGUAUGGCAUUAAAAGAAAAAGCUAAUGCUAUCUGGGUGACUCCAUUCAUUCCAGAUGAACCAGGAAGAGAGCUGGAUUGCUCACCAAAUUUCUGCUCCAUUUUUGCAUCCAUGGCUCUUGUUUGUAAUUCCUGUUCUGCUGACAAGAUAUUGAUGUGAACAAUGUUAAAUGCAUUAUUCUUGAAAGUCACAGUCCAACAUCUUCACUCAUAUGUAGUGCUCAGCAUCUUCCCUGACAAUGUCGUUUCUGUUUCACAGCAUAUGAAUGGUGGUGUGCAAGGAACAUUAUGUACAGUAUAUUCUUUAUAGGCAAUAAAGUACUGUAUAAACUAUGUAGUAUUAUUACAUCCUUGAGGUAUUUUUGAAGCAUGGGAUUGACCUCUAAUAGACUAGUCUAUUUGAUGACUUCAGAAGUGCAGUUUUUGGUGACUUCUUACCUAUAGCGUGCAACAUUUUUCCUCCUUUAAACAGGCAGUGCUGAUCACUUGGGACCAAGUGAUUCGGUCUGUCAAAACAUUCAGAAAUCAUGAAGAGUUAGUUCUCAGAAUGGCAAGGCUCAUGCUUUCUAAAAUUUAAUGCAUCCUAUUAAUAUCAGUGUUAACCGGCUCUUAAUUUUUAGAAGCUGAAUAUUUAAAAUUACCAAAGCUUUCUGUUAACUUACAAAGUAAAAGGAAGAACGCUAUGUUUUUUCUUGUAUUGCUAUGCUAGCAUAGUUUUUUUUUAAAAAAAAAACAACACUAGAGAGAACAGAAUACAAUUGAGAAGUAGAUUAAUAUGUAACCAUAAUGAAAUUAUGUUAAAUUCAAACCUUGCCACUGCAACCCAUUUGCUCAAAAGGUAAGUUUCACUGUGUUAAAUGAAACUGCCCUCCAAGUGAAGACUUUUGGGUUUGUGCUGUUAAUUGCCUCUUCUGAAUAUGUUUUAAGACUAUGCUUGUGAUUUUUUCAUUGAUAUCCACCCUCCUCCCCAAGCAAAAGUGUCUAUCACAUAAGGAAAUGUUGUGUGUUAAACUUGAAAUGUACAAAAUACCUGGUGUAGUUACUAAAUAAUUCAUUUUCCCCAACCAUUGUUUCUUCAGAAUAUGUUGCUAUUUUAUCUUUCACAUUAGUAGAUUAAUCAAGAUUGGAUAAUAUUCAGGAAAUGAAUAUUGGUUGAAAAGUAUUAUUUCAAGCACUUUAGCAUACAUAUCACAGACUAAAGCGGGUUUGUUUUUAUCCAGGGUUUGGAUUAAAACGAAAUGCAGCUUUUCAUGCAAUGGUCUUUACAAAUAAAACUGUGAGAAUAGCAAAA